AUGGUACAAACUAAGAGAUUCCCCAGUUCAAUUAUGAAGUUCUUCAAGGAUAUAUUUCAACCUAUGAGAGCUUAUUUGGCUUCGUAUAGUUCUUCAACCAAUAUCGCCUUAAUGGAACCUGUCAUCUUCAAAUUGGUUAGCGUAGUUGUGGCUUCAAAGAGAAAAGAAGUGACUUUCAGCUGUUCGACGUCUACACCACAGACGAUUUGCGAUUUGCAGAUAAGCAGACUUUCAUUUCGGAUUUUAACGAAGCUAUUGUUCGAUUUCAGUAUAAUUUGGAUUUUGUUUUUUUCAUUCUUUAUUGUGAAAUUUGAAACAUUGGUGGUUUUCAGUGCUGAUUGGAGAUGUGUUGUUGACAACCUUUUAACCAAAAAGAGACCGUAUGCAAACAUUCUCAAGAUACAGGAACAAGAAAACAAAGAGGAAUUUUGGCAGAAAAAUCAAGUAUGCUUGCGCGAAGGCUUUGGGGGACGGUCCGCAUACAAGGAUUUUGCUAAGAGGUACUUGACUCGCAAAUCCCUUAACAGAAGUAUUCCAGCAUGGAUCAAUAGUGGAGAUACUGCAUAUAUGAUAGAAGACACAAUGACUCUAGGAGCCGAAGCCCUGCCGUGGAUGGACAAUGUGUUUAUGUUGAAGGAAGCCAUAGAUACAGAUGACGGUUGCAAAUUUAAGAAAUCGUUGUUAGCGCUGCCAUCACCGUCCUGUGUGAUCUCUACUGACUUGUUGAAGCUCGGUCGAUCCGAAGGAAUCGAUUCUCAGUUAAACAAAUGGAAGAAAACCUUGCCCUUGAUCCAAGCCGUGCUGGAUGAUGCAGGCCAGAAACAGAUAGCAGACAGAGCUGUUCAAUUGUGGGUGAACGAUCUCCACAAUUUGGCUUACGACAUUGAUGAUGUACUCGAUGAUUUGGCCACCGAAGCCGGUCGACGCAAGUUGAAUCAUGAAUCUCAUGCCAGCACCAGCAGUAAUAAGAAAAUUAAUCUCGGUUUGAAUGUGAAUGUGAAUGCUGAAAGGCCGAAUAGAGUAGAGAGACGAUUAGGGCAAACUUCACUGGUUGAUGAGUCCAAAAUCAUGGGUCGGGAAGGGGAUAAAGAGGCAUUGCUGAAGAAGUUGUUGAGGAAUGAAAGAUUCGAUCAAAAUGUUGGCAUAGUCUCCAUAGUUGGUCUGGGUGGGAUAGGCAAAACCACUCUUGCCAAAGUUGUGUACAACCAUGAGAAAGUGAAAGAUGAGUUUGAAUUCAGGAUAUGGGUUUGUGUUUCUGGUGAGUUUGAUGUUCUUGAUAUUAGCAAGGCGAUUCUUGAAGCUGUAAGUGGGGAGGAAAAAAGAUCUUCCAAUCUAGAUCUGAUUCAUGUGGUCCUCAAAGAAAAACUCCUAAAGAAAAAGUUCCUACUUGUUCUUGAUGAUGUAUGGAAUGAAGAUGAGAGUAAGUGGGAGCUUCUACAAAGCCCUCUUGUUGUAGGGGCACCUGGAAGUAAAAUCAUGGUCACAACCCAGAAUACACGGGUUGUGACCAUGAUGGACUCUGAUGAAAUUUAUCAUCUAGGCGUAUUGUCAAAUGAAGAUGCUUUGUCUCUAUUUGCUCAAAAUGCACUAGGUGAAAAGAACUUUGACAAACAUCCAACACUUAAACUCCAUGGUGAAGGUAUCAUGAAGAAAUGUGGUAGAUUGCCAUUGGCUUUGAAAACACUUGGAAGAGUCUUGAAGUCAACAAGAAAUGUUGAUGAAUGGGAGAAGUUGUUGAAUAGUGAGAUAUGGGAUAUAGAGGAUGGAAGUGAGAUUCUUCCAGCUUUAAAACUAAGCUACUAUCACCUCCCUCCACAUUUGAAGCAGUUGUUUGCAUACUGCUCUUUAUUUCCCAAAGACUACGUAUUUGACAAGAAUGAGUUAGUCCUACUGUGGAUGGCAGAAGGGUUUUUAUCCCAAUCAAAGGGCAACAAUUCAAUGGAGAGUUUAGGUCAUCAUUAUUUUGAAAAGCUAAAGUCAAGGUCGUUUUUUCAAACUUCAACUAAUGAUGAAUUAAGAUAUACAAUGCAUGGUCUGAUAAAUGAUUUGGCCACGAGUGUUGCAGGAGAGUUUUUCUUUAGAUUUGAUGAAUUAAGAUACACAAAUGAAACAUUUAAAAAGUUCCGUUUGCGUCACUUUUCAUUUAUAAAUCUACAAUCGUAUGCAGAACUCAAGAAAUUAAAAAAAGCUUCUGGCUUGAGAACUUUCUUACCAAUGUCAACUAGUUUUUUGCACGAUGUUCUUGAUGAAUUACUUCCUAAACUAGAGUAUCUAAGGGUGUUAAGCCUAGCCAAUCAGAUAACCAAAGGGGUACCAAAUACGGUUGGUAGUCUUAAACAUCUAAGGAUUGGUGGAUUGACUAGUCUACAAACUCUAACCAAGGUUAUUAUCGAAGAAACCAAUACGUUCAAAAUAUCUGAGCUUAAGGGCCUAUCGGAUCUUCAAGGUCGACUUUCCAUUAUGGGGCUUGACAAAGUGAUUCAUCCAAUACAAGCAAAGGAUGCAAGCUUACAUCAAAAGAAAGGUCUUGAUGUUUUGGAAUUGGUGUAUAGUGAUGUGUUUGAUGAAUCUCGGAAUGAGAUGAUUGAAUAUGAAGUACUUAAAGAACUAACCCCUCAUCAUAACUUGAAAAAUUUAAAGAUUUUGUUCUUCAUGGGAAUGAGAUUUCCUAGUUGGGUUGGUGAUCCUGUAUUUGAUCAGUUAACAGAUGUUACGUUAUGUGGUUGUACAUGUUCACAUUUACCAACACUUGGACAUCUAAAUUCACUUAAGAAGUUAAUUGUUCAAAAGAUGAAUGAACUCAAGACAAUUGGUCUUGAGUUACUUACACCUACUAAUUCUAAUUCUUUCGUUCACAUUGCAUUUCCAUCACUUGAAGUUUUGAAGUUUCUUGACAUGCAAAAUUGGGAGAAAUGGUCAACUUUUGGGGACAAGGACAACAAUGAUGAAAUUUCUAGAUCAUUGUUUCCUCGUCUUCAUAAGAUUUUCAUCAAACAUUGUCCUAAACUGACUCAAGUGUCAAUUGGAUUGAUACCAUCACUUCGAGUUUUACAUAUAAAAGAAUGCUCCGAAAUGGUGUUAAGAAGCAUGGUUGGUGUGUCUACAUCACUUGUUGCAUUGAAAAUGUGGAAGGUUAAAUGA